GCUCGCUGAUUCUGUCAUCAGGCUUGGAUAUUGAGGAAGGAUUCACAGCUCUACUGCUGCUGCCUCUGCUGUUCUCACUGUACCCGUCCGUGGAAGCCUGCUAAAAAUGAAAAGCCGGGAUCGGAACACYUCCGUGGAGAGCCGCUCCGUCCUAUAAUGUGAGUCAGCCGGCAGCACACACGCGGAUCAGGGAGACGCCGCAUCCAUCUCGUGCCUCUGGAGGACCAGUCGUGAUCCAACAGGAGAAGAGAUUUAUAUAUUUUUAAUUUUUUUUUCUCUGCUGUGGAGAGGGAGGAUUGUCGUCAUCCCUCCCUCACAUCCAUCCUUUCUCUUUCUCUCUCUGGUACCCCCUCCUCUCUCCUCCGCCUCCACUCUCAUUUAUUCCCCCCCUCAUUCUUUUAGAGGCGCUUGUUGGAAUAUUAAACCUCCAUGUAUGACAAUUUGUACCUGCAUGGAUUUGAAGACUCGGAGGCGGGCUCAGCUGAUUCCUAUACUAGCAGACCAUCAGACUCAGAUGUAUCUCUGGAGGAGGAGCGGGAGGUGCAGGCCCAGGUCCAGAGCCAGAGCCCAAGCCAGAGCCAAGGACCGGGACAGAGCCGUCAGGAGAGGGAGCAGCAGGCUGCCAUUCAACUGGAGAGAGCCAAGAGCAAACCAGUAGCGUUCGCUGUAAGGACCAAUGUCAGCUACUGUGGUGCUCUGGAUGAGGACGUUCCUGUCCCRGCCACAGCCAUCUCUUUUGACGCCAAGGACUUCCUCCACAUAAAGGAGAAGUUCAACAACGACUGGUGGAUCGGUCGUUUGGUGAAGGAGGGCUGUGAGAUCGGCUUCAUUCCCAGCCCUCUGAAGCUCGAGAACAUCCGGCUCCAGCAGGAACAAAAGAGAGGACGAGUACAAGGUAAGUCGGGAGGAAACUCCUCUUCCAGUGUGGAGGAUGAGGUCUCUGCCUCUAUCCGACCACUCAUUUCCUCAGCAGGAAAGCAGAAACAGAAAGUGACGGAGCACAUCCCUCCGUACGAUGUGGUUCCUUCCAUGAGGCCUGUAGUGCUGGUGGGACCGUCGCUCAAGGGUUACGAGGUAACGGACAUGAUGCAGAAGGCACUAUUUGACUUCCUCAAGCACAGAUUUGAUGGCAGGAUAACUAUAACACGAGUCACCGCAGAUAUCUCAUUGGCCAAGAGGUCUGUUCUCAACAACCCCAGCAAGCGGGCCAUUAUCGAAAGAUCCAACACUCGCUCCAGUUUAGCGGAGGUGCAAAGUGAGAUUGAAAGGAUCUUUGAGUUGGCCCGCUCCCUGCAGCUGGUGGUGCUGGACGCCGACACCAUCAACCAUCCAGCCCAGCUCCUCAAGACUUCUCUGGCCCCCAUCAUCGUCCACGUCAAAGUCUCCUCACCGAAGGUUCUGCAGAGGUUAGUCAAAUCCAGAGGGAAGUCCCAGAGCAAACACCUGAAUGUCCAGCUAGUUGCAGCGGAAAAACUGUCCCAGUGUCCACCUGAAAUGUUUGACAUCAUCCUGGAUGAGAACCAGCUGGAGGACGCCUGCGAACACCUUGCUGAAUAUCUCGAGGCCUACUGGAAAGCCACCCACACCUCGAUGGCAACGCCCCUCAACCCUCUGAUGGGUCGGAACCUGGGCUCCACCGCGCUCACUCCUUACUCCACCAGCAUCUCUGGUCUGCAGAACCAAAAAGUGCGACAGAGCAACCACACGGGAGACCAUUCCACCUCGAAUGAGCGGCGCAACCUGAUGACGUCGGACGAGAACUACCACAACGAGCAGGCGCACAAGGGACGCAACCGCAUGUCCUCGGGCUCGCAGCACAGCCGAGAGCAGCAGGACCCUUACCAGGACUACCAGGACCCCUAUCAGGAUGCGUACAAGCCGCAUCGUAACCGCAGCUCACCGGGCAGCUACAGCCAUGACUCCCGGCACCGGCUCUGAGCCCCACUCCUGCCAGGACCACCACCAGGACCCUAACGACCCAGGUUUCUCUCAAAAUGAACCAUGCAAUAGAACCAAGAUGGUCCCCAAAUUGUACCUUUUUUUUCUUCCUUUUUCCGUUUCUUAAACUACCUGGCUAUAUCUGUCUUCUAAAGUUGACUAAUGUUCAGGUAUAUAUUUUUAAUUGAGCUGUCAAUCAGCAGCAUGAGAAGCCAGGYGGUUCAGAAUGCCAACAUUAAUUAACACUAAACACCUUUAGGUUGUCUUUCUGGGAACUUUGGGGAUUUUACUAACACACUGCAGCACAGCCUCUGUCGGCGAGCUAACUCUGGGUACAGGUGACUGUGGCUGGGGUUUUUGUUCCUGGUUGAAAGGGACGACUUCUGCAGGCUGCUGCUCCUCACCUGGGUCGUGUACAAAACCUUAUUUUAGCUUAUCGCAUGCUGAUAGUCGAUCAAACUCUGCAUCACUGAUAUUUUGUACCGAGGUUUCUGAUGCGGUUCAGACACUGGGAAUCCUGUUUGGUUUUGUUUUUUUGUUUGUUUUGUUUUGUUUUGUUCUUCCUCAAAUCAUCCAGUUGUGGAUCAGCAGUCAGAGGGUUUAGGUCUCUGGUGUACAGAUAGCUUUGAAAACUGGUGCUUCACAACCCUUCCCCCCCCAAACUACUUUGCUGUUUGCAAGUCACUUUGAGCAAGGCCAGCUUUUCUGUAGCAUUGCUUUGGCAUCUCGUUCGGGUCGCUGAUGUUGCUGGGAUCAGAUCCAAGUGUGAAGAUAAAAAAAUGACACCAAGAAAAAAGACAAGUUUCUGUCGGUGUGGUAGCCCUGAACGAUCAUCCGCUAGUUCAUUUUUUCAUUUAACAGCUUUCAAAUUAAAACCACACAGGGACAAAGACGACGGUUUGUCCCCAUCAGAAGGUCCUGGAGUUUGGAUUAAAACGACAGAACGUCAGGAUCUGCUGCGUUAUGGCACCUCUGUCCUGACUGCACAGCUCCAUCCUCUCAGACCUAAAACAGAUCCUUGACUUGACGUUUGUAGGAACACACACAGAARGUAAAAAAAGAAAAMGAAAAGAAAGAAAAUAUAAGUUMUAAACUGUAGCGCAGAAGAGAAAUGCAGACAAAUGAWAAAUGCUGCAUGAUGUAGAAACGGAGCCAUUAAAAUAUGUUUUUAUGUAUUCAGUUGAGUUGAAAAAAAAAAUGCACUGAAGCUAAGUUUACCGAACCGUUACGGUGCUUUCUGCUGUGGUUCUUGAUGGCUAUUUAUAAUUUGCUGCACAUAUCCUUGUAAGAUAAAUUAUCUAGAGAUUACACUUUAUUUAAAGAGUUGCUAAAAGAGAUUUGUUUCAUUUCUGGUUCACGUUUUAUCAAUCGUGCGUCUAAUUUGCCAUUAAUUUGCUCCAUGAACCUGUUUUUGAUUUUAACAGUGACAUUAACCGUGUGAUCAGAUGAUACCAGAGCUUUGCCGUCCAAAUUGACUAAUCCUUUUUUUCCUUUUGUGGGGAACAAGCUUUCAUUUUAAACAAGCUCUAAAAGGCUUUUUGAAUUUUUUUGACUUAAUGGGAAUGUCAAUGUCAUUUUACAAGUUGUUCUUAAUUUAAAGUUUUCACAUUGAAAAUAUAGGAUUUAAAUAUUUGUAUGUUUAUUCACAGUUUAAACAAUCAACUCAGCAUAAAAAGUAAAGACAUUUGUGUUUGGCUUUAAAUUUUAAACUGCUGGAAAAUAUCUUAAUUUCCCUUUUAAAUGGUGCCACAUUUGUAAGGAACAUGCAUUUGUGGGAGGAGCAGUAGUAUGUGAGUUGCCACAAAAAAAUAUUCUAAAUGUUCUCUGCCAAACUGAGCUUCUGGUACCUCCAGGUGCUGCCAGUCAGGAGUCUGAUAUCAGAUUUAUUGUCGAUAAGUGUCGUUACAACAAAGAAAUAAUCUACCAAACACAAAUUUACUUAUAUUUUGUUCUAAGUAUAGUCUGUCCAAGGG